UCAAGAUUCUUGUCGUCGUCUUCAUCUCGAUGCCGAGUCUUACAGAACCCAAAAACAAGAGAAACAACAAUGGCGAAAUGGUGGAAAAUAGGAUUGAUAGUAGCCGUAAUAGCAAUCUUAAGGCAAUUAAGCAAGCAAUACGGAUGGGACAAAGACGCCACCAUCAAAUUUCUGGGCGGGUGGUCCGAUCAACUCGGCGUUUGGGCGAUGCCAGCUUUUGUUGGACUUCACACUCUCACUAUCGCCCUUUGUUUGCCUUACGCCGUCUUCUUUGAGGCAGCUGCUUCUCUUCUUUUCGGGUUCUUCCCAGCUGUGCUUUGUGUCUUCUCAGCUAAGCUUCUUGGAGCUUCUCUCUCAUUCUGGAUCGGCAGGCUAAUUUUCAGGAGUUCAACAUCAGCAAUGAAUUGGGUUCAGAGUAACAAAUACUUCCAUAUUCUUUUAAGAGGAGUUGAACGAGAUGGUUGGAAAUUUGUCCUUCUUGCUCGCUUCUCACCCAUGCCCUCAUAUCUCAUAAACUAUGCCUUAGCUGCCACCAAAGUUGGUUUCGUGGUGGAUUUUCUGCUCCCUACAGUUAUUGGCUGUCUGCCAAUGAUCUUACAGAACACGUCUAUUGGCAGCCUCGCCGGUGCUGCUGUUGCUUCAGCAUCUGGCUCAAAAAAAUCUCAGGUCUGGUCUUACCUCUUUCCCCUACUUGGGAUUGUAUCAAGCAUUGCAAUUUCUUUGCGGAUCAAAAAGUACUCUACCGAUAUCACAGUAACCGAACCUUCUAGUGAGUCAGGUCCUGACACUAAAAAAAAUGUAGACUCUUCUCAUUCCUCCAAAGGUAAAAAUGGAAAGGGUAUGAAAAAAAGUCAAUAACAGAUUUUAUUAACGCAAUUUUGUUUUUUCAUUUAGCGUACUUUAGUUAUCUUCAUACGUCAUGUUUUGGAACUUCAGAACCAUCAUAUUUGCGAUGUACUGCUAAUAUCUAAAUUAUACACUUCUUUGAGGUUCGAAAUUGGCUUCUUUUGUGUUUCUUUUCUUGAACCACAGAGAGGUACUUUGAAGUCUUUUGUCAGGUUAAUUAAGUUAA